AUGUCCUCCGCUGCUUCAUACCCGAUUGACAAGAUCCGGAACAUUGGCAUCUCUGCGCACAUUGAUUCUGGCAAGACCACCCUAACCGAGCGCAUCCUCUUCUACACUGGCCGCAUCAAGGAGAUGCACGAGGUGAGGGGCAAGGAUGAUGUUGGCGCCACCAUGGACUCCAUGGAGCUGGAAAGGGAGAAGGGCAUCACAAUCGCCUCCGCUGCGACAUACACGCAGUGGAAGGACUGCAACAUCAACAUCAUCGAUACCCCCGGUCACGUCGACUUUACCAUCGAGGUGGAGCGUGCGUUGCGGGUUCUUGAUGGCGCCGUGCUUGUGCUGUGCUCCGUUGGUGGCGUGCAAUCCCAAACCAUCACCGUCGAUCGCCAGAUGAAGCGCUACAACGUGCCUCGCAUUGGCUUCAUCAACAAGUGUGACCGCCCCGGUGCCAACCCUUUCAAAGUCAUCCACCAGAUGAGGACGAAGCUGAAGCACAAUGCCGCUGCUGUGCAGAUACCGAUUGGUCUCGAGAGCGACAUGAAGGGAGUCGUGGACCUCAUCAAGGGCAAGGCAUACUACUUCUCCGGCGUCCAGGGGAACGUGGUUGAGGAGGGCCCGAUCCCCAAAGACCUCAAGGACAUGUACGCAGAGAAGCGGCACGACAUGAUCGCAGCAAUCGCAGAGGUGGAUGAUGACAUUGCAGAGAAGUUUAUCUUGGAGGAGGACCCAUCCGAAGAGGAGAUUGUGACGGCAAUUCGCAAGUCUGUCCUGGAGCGGACGUUUGUUCCGGUCUUCAUCGGCACCGCCCUCAAGAACAUCGGUGUGCAGCCCAUGCUUGAUGGCGUUCUUGAGUACCUUCCGUCCCCAGACCAGGUGUCCAACUAUGCGCUGGAUGUGGACGACGAGUCGACCAAGGUGGACCUUGACUGCAAGGACCCGAGCAAACCGUUUGUCGGGCUGGCCUUCAAACUCGAGCGCGGGCAGUUUGGGCAGCUGACGUAUCUGCGUACGUAUCAAGGCACGCUGCGGCGCGGAGACAACAUCUACAACUCGCGCGACAAGAAGAAGGUGAAGGUGCCCCGACUGGUGCGCAUGCACGCAGACUCCAUGGAGGACGUUAAUGAGGUGCACCCUGGCGAGAUUUGCGCCAUGUUUGGACUGGAGUGCUCUUCCGGUGACACAUUCACCGACGGAACGAAGAAACUCACCAUGGAGUCCAUGUUCAUUCCGGAGCCCGUCAUUUCGCUGUCGAUCAAACCGAAGAACAGCAAAGACCUCGAGGCGUUCAGCAAGGCCAUCAACAGAUUCCAACGACAGGAUCCAACGUUCCGCGUGCAUCUUGAUCCCGAGAGCAAAGAGACCAUCAUCUCCGGCAUGGGCGAACUCCACCUCGAGGUGUACAAGGAGAUUAUGGCACGCGAGUUCAACUGCCCGACGGUGACCGGAAAGCCAAAGGUCGCAUUCCGCGAGACCAUCCAGACUCCAAUGCAGUUCGACUAUCUGCACAAGAAGCAGAGCGGCGGUGCUGGUCAGUACGGUCGCGUCAUGGGCGAGAUCGUGCCCCUCCCAGCCGAGGAGAAUCACAAGCUUGAGUUUGUUGACGAAACCGUUGGCACCAACAUCCCCAAGAGCUACAUCCCCUCCAUCGAGAAGGGCUUCCUCGAGGCGUGCGAGCGGUCGUCGCUGACGGGCCACCCUGCGCAGGGCAUCCGGUUUGUGCUCAAGGACGGCGCGUCCCACCCCGUCGACUCAAGCGACCUCGCAUUCAAGCUUGCAGGCAUCGGCGCCAUGAGACAAGCGUUUGACAAGGCACAGCCCUGUGUCCUGCAGCCUGUCAUGACCGUUGAGAUUAUGGUGCCAGAGGAAUACCAGGGCACUGUGAUUGGCGAUCUGAACAAGCGCAAGGGCACGAUCCUUGACAGCGAGACGGAGGACGGAACAACCACCAUCCGCGCAGAGGUUCCCCUCAACGACAUGUUUGGAUAUAGCACUGAUCUGCGCGCCAACACGCAGGGCAAGGGCGAGUUCACCAUGGAGUACGCACGCCACGAGGUCGUGCCGCCACAGCUGCAAGCGGAGCUGAUGGACAAGUACAAGCAAGAGCAGGAUUCGAGGAAGAAGAAGCGUUUUGUCACCCCGCCCCUUCUCCACCACAUCCUUCUUGCUGUCUUCUUGCUCCUCACCGUGGUUCCAGCGCGGCUGUGUGCUGCUGAAAACGAUGUGUGCGACAGCCUUGAUGGGGCGCCAGUCGUGACGACAGCCUCGCCUGGAGGCGCGGCGUUGGUGUGGAACUCCACGGACGCGUGGAGUGUCGGUCGCGCCCCGUGCACGUGCGAAGCAGCCAUCGUCUCCCACGCCACCACCAUCCAAGAAUCUGUCGAGGCGCGCAUGACCCAGCUGACGCUUUCGCCAGACACGCCGCUUCGCCUCAACCAGGGCGGGCGCCUGGUGCUCUCUCGUGUGCCGCGGGCAGAGCCCUGCCCCGUGAUUGACACCUUUCUCGCCACGGAUCUCACUGCCACGUCGUUCCAGGCCGUGUGGUCGCCCAGCAGUGAGGGCAUUCUGCAGGUCAACGAUGGCGCGCACAGCAUCAAUGUCACCGGCACGGAGUGGAUUGGCGAUGUUGCCCUGGACAACACGCCCUCCACGCGCCUCACACUCGAGGUUGCCAGCGGCACUGGCUCCGAUCGUGUCGUUGCUCGCAAGUCAGCCGUUAUCCAACGCGAAGCACCAGUUGUGUGGACGAGGCGGGAAAAUGGCGAUUGGGAUGACAACGGCAAGUGGGAGGGCAGCAGCGUGCCGUGCACGGAUCAGCACGCACGCAGCACGCUGAUACAAGGCGGGCCGGCGUACGACAUACGCGUGGACAUGAACACGGUGGUGCGGAGCUUCACAUGGCAGCCCGGCUCGUCCCUACGCCUGACGUCUGGCUCAGCGUUUGUCAUCACCCACAACGCCAGCAAGUUUGGCGACAACGUCGGCAACAUGUGUACAGAGAAACUCACGACGCGGUCACCAUCAACAUUCACCACCACCACGACAACCACCACCACAACGACAACUCCCAUAUCCACAACGAUUGCGACAACGACAACGACAACCACCGUUGUCACAACCACGACAACUGCAUCAUCAACAACGACAACAACCCAGCCCAAGAAGCCGCCAAUCCCGCAAACCAUGAGCACGUCCACCUCCGUGCCCGUCACCAUCGCGCCAAGCACAUCAACCUCCAUCAUCCCCAUCGCCGGUGCUGCUGGUGGUGGCGCUGUCAUCAUCAUCGUCCUUCUCCUUUUCUUCCUUGUCAUCCGCCCCCGCCGCCGCCGCCGCCGCCGCAAUGCCGUCGGCAAAUACGACGAGCUUGACAUGAACAACCUUGAUCUCACCGACGCGCCCUUCUCCUCCUACUACGGACCCGUAAAGCUCGCCCAGCACCAGGGUCGUCAGCUGUGGUGCUACACGCUCAGGCCUGGCGCGUCCACACUCCUGCGUGACUGUUUCGAGAAGGACAUUCGUCUGUUCCAGCAACUUGGAAAGCAAACACUACCAGACUCCAUCAUUGGGGCUGCUCUGUGUGACCUGGGUCAGCACCGGUUAUGUGUUCCGGCGCCAACCGUCGCCCUUGAUGAGCGACUGCGCGCAUGCCGUUCAAAGAGCAACGCCGCCCCGGAGGGCAUUUCGCUGGCUGAGCGCGCACGAAUCGGCGUCCAGGUUGCAUCGGCGCUUGUAUGGCUUCACAAGCAUGGCAUUGUCCACUCGUGCACACGAGGUGCUGUCGUUCACCUGAUUGGCGCCGACCCAAACUGGAAGCUGUCUCUGGCGGAGCACGAUGGUGCCGCAAUCGCAGACGCGCACGCGGACGGCGCGUUCCUUCUUCGCUGGUGCGCACCGGAGCUCGUCACCGAUCCCACAGCCAAACACACCCCGGCGUGUGAUGCGUGGUCGUUUGGGAUUUUGCUCUGGGAAAUCUUUUCGCUUGGCGCCACACCCUACAUGAACGAGGAUUUCAAGGUCGCUCUUCGUCGCGGCAACCCGCCCCUCAUGCUGCAACUCAUCCCAUCAGAGCUGUUUGACAUUGUUCAGCGCUGCUGCGUCGUGCCAGCAGCAACGCGCCCGUCGAUGCGGGAGAUUCUUCGCAUGUGCCAGCAGGCCGCAAGCAACGCCAACCCUGUGCCACAGGCGGCGCUGUCCAACGCCUACCUGCCCUUCAUGCCCACGCUUCGUCAGCCGAUGCAAACCAACGUGUACUUGGAGCCGACGGUGCAAGACGCCAUGUACGCCGAUCUGGAGGAAACGCAACUGACGGAGUUACCAGGCGAAAUGACGUACUCGGAUGUCAACGACAUCAACGGAGGGUCGACGAGCAAGCCCGAGAACACGUACGAUGUGGGCAAUGAUACGUCGCAAGACACGGAGCGGUGGGACCCGGCCAACUACGACAUCACCGCCAACGACGAUGACGACGAUGCUGUGUACGCGACGGCACAGACGCCCGCUGGCGGAUUUGAAGUGUACGGCAGCGCAGGCGAUGACGAUGGCACGACCACGGAGGAGGGUAACGUCAACAUCAACAUUGGCAAGAACCCGCGUGGCAACCCUGCGCCAGACCUGUUUGGCGUGUAUGGUUCGCCAAGUGCAGACAGCGACAACGGCGCGACGGCCGCGAUGGAGGCUGAGUCGGACUACGCCACUGCCGAGAUUCCCGGCGGCUUUGAUGUGUAUGGCGGCGCACACGCAUAA